AUGGCUGACUUAUUUCCGGAAUGUCUCAUUCAAAAAAUACUUUGUUUUCUUCGUUUAAAAGAAGCAGCCAAGACGAGUAUUGUCUCUAAAGCAUGUCUGCAAGCGUGGUUGACUCUUCUCAACUUGAAAUUCACAGUUGAUUAUCACAAUGACAAUAUGAAAAUUGUUGAUGAUAUCAUGAAGAGAUAUAGGGACGGAAAAGUCCCUAUAGAAAAGUUUGACUUAUCAGACUCUAAUUUUCGUAGUGAAGAUUUUCCUCUUAUUGAUAAGUGGCUUGACAUUGCACUUCAGAACCGUGUAAAAGAUCUUGUCGUUGGAGUUUGUAGCUUUCCAUCAUACCCCUUGCGUAUUUUCAAAUUCUUGGCAGUGAAAUCGUUAAGAGAAUUGGUUCUAAGUAAUUGUAAUCUAAUGCAUGUAUCAUUAUCUAGUGGUGCGACGAACUGUCAUUCUUUAAGAAAACUCUCUCUAAUCAAAGUCCAUUUAGAUGGAAACAUGCUUCCUGUCACGACCCGACCCGAGGCCCUGGCCGAGACGGACAUCCCGAACUACACAGGCCUGAGAUACCCCUGA